AUGUGUAUCAAUUCUCUUAUUAAGUGUAUAGAGGCGCGUACUCGGGCACUGGGAUAUCACUACUGUAACACUUUGAAACCCAGACACUGGUUCCAAUUUGCGGACGAUACGGCUCUUGUUACAGCGACAGAGGAAGAAAAUCAAAUGAUGUUGAAUGCUUUUUCAAAAUGGUGCAACUGGUCAGGGUUACAAAUUAGGACGGAUAAGUGCAAAACUUUUGGUAUCAAACACAAUGGAAGAAGGUCGACUCAAUAUAAACCAUACUUGAAGGUUAACAACGAGAUGAUUCCACCAGUCGAAAUCGAUGGAUCGUUCAGGUAUUUGGGUAAAAUGUUCAGUUAUACAAUGGGAACUGAUGAAAUCCGAAAUGAGCUGGAGGAAGAGCUGACCAGUUAUUUGGAUAAAGUAGACAAACUUUCGCUCCACCCAAAGAAUAAACUGCUGAUUAUCAACAAAUUUGUGUACAAUAAGCUAAGGUGGCGGUUAUCAGUAUAUCAUUUAUCUGAAUCCUGGGCUACAAAAAGCCUAGAUGGUAAAGUAAUCCAUUAUGUAAAACGAUGGUCGCAUUUCCACCAAGGCGCCAAUCUAACCCACCUAAAGUUAUCUGUUAGCAAAUUUGGAUUGGGAUUCCAAUUGCCCUCGGACGUGUUAAAGUACUGUAAGCUCAGCAUGCGACAGGUUCUUUUUAAAUCUAUCAACAAGGAAAUUCAAGACCUUUUCCAUUUAACAUCUGGAAGCUAUAUACACACAGAUUCCUUAAUUGUAAACUGUGAAGGACGCCCGGGAAAGGAAUUGUCAAACCAAAUUGAAAACAACGUUUUGGAACAUAUUACGACUCUAAAGGAACAAGGUACGAUUAUGCAGAUUAUGAGGCGAGUAUCAUCGACGAAAAUUAUAAGUUUGUGGAACAAAAUCACGGUCUCGAUGCCCAAGAAUAUAUAUGUCUUCAUAAGAAAAGCUUUAAUAUUUAGCCUGCCAAAUAACUCAAACCUGAAACGUUGGGGUAACGUGGAGUCUGAUUCUUGUGGCGUAUGUGGAACUCAACGACAAACCCAGCUACUUAUGUUGGCGAAUUGUUCAGUUGCAGCGACAGAAGGACGUUACACAUGGCGUCACGAUUCCAUUUUGUUUACUCUACUCCAGUUUCUAAGCCAGCUCAGUUUAUAUGGUUUUGAAUUAUACGGCGAUCUAGAUGGGUAUCGAAGGACAAGCGAAAUCUUUCAGACUUUUCGACCAGACAUCGCCCUAAUAAAGAAUGGUGUCCUAUAUGUUAUAGAACUUACAUGUUGCUUUGAAACGAAUGCAGAGAAAUCAAGAGAAUAUAAGCAAGCAAAAUACAGGACAUUACAACAAGAUAGUAAAGACAGAUGGAGAGGCUUCCAAUUUUUCACGAUCGAAAUAACUUCUCUUGGAAUUGUAACAUCUCACUUUGAAGAUAUAGAAGUGUUAUUUAAGGGAACUAAUAUUAACUUUCAAAGGAUGAUCUCCAAGUGUAUGGAAGUGGUCAUGAGGGCUUCCUUCUACAUUUAUAUACGGCGGAACAAAGAAUGGACGAACCCUAAUAUAUAUACUUAA